AUGGGCAUCAAGAAGUUUUUCCAGGAACUGAAAACCAAGGUUUCGCCUUCGAGGCUGUUCAAGGCUAUGAUCAUCGACUCCCAACAAGUUUUGCCCAAUAUCGCAAGUUCCAUAAAGAGCGUUGAGAUCGUCCAAGGCAAUGCCAUUGCUGCUGGAUGCGUCGUCAAGACCACCUUUGAUGAUGGUGCUCCAUUCAAAGAUAAAGAUAUUAGACAUAAAGAACCGAGAGGUCGAACGGCCAUCGACCGAAAGAGUGCUCGCACAUGGCUCGAAGGUCGACCCACUUUGACUAACUCAAUGGAUAUGAGCGAGGACCUACUAACCGGGACUGGACAAGGGCCAGGGGUCGAGUCGGGCCCUGUAUUCGAGCCAAGGCAUACGGUCGACCCAUGCAAGGGUCUCGACCCGUCGACUCAUGUAAAGGUCUCGACCCACCAACCCAUUAAGGGCCUCGACCUGUUGAGCCUAACGGUCGACACACGUAAGAAUGCAUGGUAUAAGGCUAAGUCGACCCGCGAGAGGGUUGAACCAUGA